GUGCAUGGCAUGUCUCAGCACCACGUCGGGCACCGUGCACGGCGUGUUCCCAGCACGCGUUGGGCACCGUGCAUGGCGUGUUCCCAGCACGCGUCGGGCACCGUGCACGGCGUGUUCCCAGCAUGCAUUGGGCACCGUGCAUGGUGUGUUCCCAGCACGCGUCAGGAAGCGUGCACGGCGUGUUCCCAGCACAGGUCGGGAAGCAUGCAUGGUGUGUCUCAGCACCACGUCGGGCACCGUGCACGGCAUGUCUCAGCACCACGUCAGGCACCGUGCAUGGUGUGUUCUCAGCACGCGUCAGGAAGCAUGCACGGCGUGUUCUCAGCACGCGUUGGGCACCGUGCACGGCGUGUUCCCAGCACACAUUGGGCACCGUGCACGGCGUGUUCUCAGCACGCGUCAGGAAGCAUGCACGGCGUGUUCCCAGCAUGCAUCGGGCACCGUGCACGGCGUGUCUCAGCACACAUUGGGCACCGUGCACGGCGUGUUCCCAGCACACAUUGGGCACCGUGCACGGCGUGUUCCCAGCACGCGUCGGGCACCGUGCACGGCGUGUCUCAGCACACAUUGGGCACUGUGCACGGCGUGUUCCCAGCACACAUUGGGCACCGUGCAUGGCGUGUUCCCAGCACGCGUCAGGAAGCAUGCACGGCGUGUUCCCAGCAUGCAUCGGGCACCGUGCACGGCGUGUCUCAGCACACAUUGGGCACCGUGCACGGCGUGUUCCCAGCACCACAUCGGGCACCGUGCACGGCGUGUUCCCAGCACGCGUCGGGCACCGUGCACGGCGUGUUCCCAGCUCCACAGUCGGAUCAGGAGAGCACAGCAGGUGUGUGGGACUUCAAUCCUGCAUCAGUGCAGACGUGUAAGAAUAAAGAUGUCACACAGGAGCUUGGGAUGCAGCCGGCGUGGCGCCGAGAGGGUCGUUCUUACCUGCAAAGUCAGGUAAGGAAGCGCCGCUCCUGCCCCCCCCACCCCCCCCCUCGUACGGUGCUGGGUGGGACAGCAAACUUGAGCCAGACCAGCUGGAAGGAAGCAGCAGGGGCCGGAGCAGAAAGAAACCGUAGACAGAGGGACGUCCGAGGACCAAUGGACUGUCCAAGAGCACCGAACGGCAAACCUGAGCUUGGCUCUCAACAGCGAGAAGUCUCAGAUUGCUAAAAUCAAGAGAGGAAAGAUGGCCACCAGGUACACGGUAGGGAGAAGCCGAGCGCGUGGCCGAUAGCUCAGGAAGACGCGGACCGUCCACGUGUCCAGCCUAAGACAGACUCGCGGAGGUGGGCGCAGUGGACGGAGCCGCAGCCGGUACAGAGAUGAAAGUCGUGUUCAGAAAUUCCCACCAAGAAUGACGACGGGUUCUCGGAGUUGUACCCCGGCCCCAGGGACAGAGGGGAGUCUUCCCACCCGGGGGCCGGUGCUGGCGCCCGGAGGAAGGCAGACCACACAGCACACACACAGGAAGCACACACAUGGGCAAAGCGUCAACGGAACACGGGAAGCCUGGCCGCAGAGUAGGACGGCGGCAGCUGGGCUUUGUCGCGGGCAGGCAAGGCGAGCUUAGCGGCCAGAGUCGGUUACAGGGACAUCAGAGUCACAGCGCUCGUGCCGGAAGGAAGCGGCUCAGGCCGUGUGGAGCCACGGCCAACCUCGGAUGCACGGACGCAGCGCACCUGCCCCCCCAAGAGAAUCAGCACGGGGCGCCAUGCGGCUCUUCAGCAUCCGGCCAGCCGGGCCAGAAAACUGAGCAAGUGGGGACUGAGCCCAGCAGGGGGACUGAGCCCUAUCAGGGGGACUGAGACCAAGCAGGGGGACUGAGCCCAAGCAGGGGGACUGAACCAAGCAGAUGGACUGAGCCCUGCAGGGAGACUGAGCCCCAGCAGGGAGGGUACUGAAACCAGGCAGGAGGACUGAGCCCUAUCAGGGGGACUGAGCCCAGCAGGAGGACUGAGCCUCAGCAAGUGGGGACUGAGCGCAGCAGGAGGACUGAGCCCAGCAGAAGCACUGAGCCCAGCAGGGGGACUGAGACCAGCAGAGAGACUGAGCCCCAGCAGGAGGACUGAGCCCCAGCAGUAGGACUGAGCCCCAGCAGGGGACUGAGCCCAGCAGAAUACUGAGCCCAGCAGGAGGACUGAACCCUGCAGGGGGACUGAGCCCAGCCAGAUACUAAGCCUCCGCAGGAGGACUGAGCCCAGCAGGGGAACUGAGCCCCAGCAGUAGGACUGAGCCCCAGCAGGGAAAUGAGCCCCAGCAGGAGGACUGAGCCCCAGCAGGAGGACUGAGCCCCAGCAGGGGGACUGAGCCCCAGCAGUAGGACUGAGCCCCAGCAGGGAAAUGAGCCCCAGCAGGGGGACUGAGCCCAGCAAGGGGACUGAGCCCCAGCAGGGGGACUGAGCCCCAGCAGGGGACUGAGCCCCAUAUGGAGAGCCUGAGUCCCCAGCAGGAGCAAACGUAUCUCAAGCAGUAGUUGGGCCCUAGUCUAACUCCCAUAGACAGGGGGACUGAGCCCAGCAGGGGGACUGAGUGUCAGCAGAAGGAUUGAGCCCAGCAGGAGGACUGAACCCAGCAGGGGGACUGAGCCCCAGCAGGGGGACUGAACCCAGCAGGAGGACUGAGCCCCAGGAGGGGACUGAGCCCAGCAGGGAGACUGAGCCCAGCAGGAGUACUGAACCCAGCAGGGGGACUGAGCCCAGCAGGGGGACUGAACCCCAGGAGGGGACUGAGCCCAGCAGAGAGACUGAACCCAACAGGGGGACUGAGCCCCAGGAGGGGACUGAGCCCAGCAGGGGACUGAGCCCAGCAGAGAGACUGAGCCCUAUCAGAGGGGCUGAGCACAGCAGGGGGACUGAGCGCAGCAGGAGGACUAAACCCAGCAGGAGGACUGAGCCCUGCAGGGGGACUGCACCAAGCAGGAGGACUGAACCCAGCAGGGGGACUGAGCCCAGCAGGAGGACUGAGCCCCAGCAGGGGGACUGAGCCCCAGCAGGGGGACUGAGCCCAGCAGGGGGACUGAACCCAGCAGGGGGACUGAGCCCAGCAGGAGGACUGAGCCCAGCAGGGGGACUGAGCCCAGCAGGAGGACUGAGCCCCAGCAGGGGGACUGAGCCCAGGAGGGAGACUGAGCCCCAGCAGUAGGACUGAGCCCCAGCAGUAGGACUGAGCCCAGCAGGAGGACUGAGCCCAGCAGGAGGACUGAGCCCCAGGAGGGGACUGCGCACAAGCACCGGCACCUGCCAGGACAGCCGCUGUUUGUUUCCAGUGCAUGACCACAGUGCGUUCCCAUGGUCAAAGAAGAACGAAUCGUGGAGCUCGAGACCGAAAAUGCUGCUCUCCACCUGAGGCUGGCCGAGCAGUGCCGAGAAAGGAUGGGCAAGAGUCGCAGAGAGGCCUGCAGGGCUGAGACCCCGCGCGUGUGCGCCUGCUCGGGCUCGGCCGCGAGCCAGCUCUGCCGCCAGCUGCAGACGCUGAAGCGGGAGCUGAGGGAGUUCCAGGCCUCCACCACGGGGCUUCUCGGGGAUUUCCAGGCUCAGUGCGGGGCCGGCGUGGCCGCAGCCGUGGCCGCGGCACAGGCGGCGCAGCUCCAGGGGCAGACUCUGCAAGCCUGCCAGGCCCAGGCCGUCGGUCUGCAGCAGUCGCUGCGGGAAGUCAGCGCGCGCCACGAGCUGGAAAAGCAGAGGAGGAAGCACCUGCACAACCGUCUGGUGGAGCUGAAGGGGAACGUCCGCGUCCACUGCCGAAUCCGCCCCCUGCUGCCUCUGGACGGCGAACUGGAGGGUCCAGGCCCCCAGAACGGCUCCGGCUCUGGGGAAGUGGCCCACGCCAUGGACGACGAAACUGUCCUGGUGAGGUGCCACCGUCCCAGUCACCCCCCCAUCAAUAAGACUUACCGCUUUGAAAGAGUUUAUGGUCCAGCAGAAUCUCAGAGGGAGGUAUUUGAGGACGUGCGUCCCCUUCUUACGUCUCUCCUGGACGGGUACAACGUGUGCAUCAUGGCGUACGGCCAGACCGGCAGCGGCAAGAGCUACACCAUGCUGGGCCGGCACGCGGAGGCCGAGCCCGCUCACGGCGACGACAGGGGCCUCGUCCCCAGAGCCGCCCGGGAGCUCUUCAGGCUGCUGUCGGAGGACCCCUCCCGGAGCCCACGGCUGCACGUGUCCAUGGUGCAAGUUUACAACAACGACGUGUUUGACCUUCUGGCUAAGGACGGCUCUGCGGGCCUGGCCGGGGCCAAGCGCGAGGUGACCACGACCAAGGAGGGCAGGACGGAGGUCUCCGCGCUGGCCCGCCGGGCCGUGGGCAGCGCCGGGGAACUCAUGAGGCUCGUCCACGGGGGCCUGCGGCUCCGGGCGCAGCACCCCACCCUGGUGCAUGCCGCCUCUUCCCGCUCGCACCUCAUCAUCACCGUGAGCCUGGCCGCGGCCGGCUCCUCCGACAGCCCCGGCCAGCUGCAAGUGGGGCCCCUCCAGCAGCCCCCCAACGCCACCCCCCCAGCGCUGGUUCCCGGGGACCGUGCAGGCCACCUGCAGCUGGAGCAGGUGCAGCCCCGGCUGCAACUGGUGGACUUGGCCGGCAGUGAGUGCAUUGGCGAGUCUGGGGUGACCGGCUUGGCCCUGAGGGAGGCCUCCUUCAUCAACCGGAGUCUGGCGGCCCUGGCGGACGUCCUGGGGGCCCUGUCGCAGCGCCGAGCCCACGUCCCCUACCGCAACAGCAGCCUCACGCACCUGCUCCAGGACUCCAUCGGUACCGUGUUUCCUCCAAGCACCCCUACGCACAGCCGCCCCUGCCCGGGCACAGCCCCGCAGCGCCACCAACCCGGGAGAGCACCCCCCACCCCCCGCACAGCCGCCCCUGCCUGGGCACAGCCCCGCAGCACCACCAACCCGGGAGAGCACCCCCCACCCACGCAACCACCCCUGCCUGGGCACAGCCCCACGGCACCACCAACCCGGGAGAGCACCCCCCACCCACGCAACCACCCCUGCCUGGGCACAGCCCCACGGCACCACCAACCCGGGAGAGCACCCCCCACCCACGCAACCACCCCUGCCUGGGCACAGCCCCGCAGCGCCACCAACCCGGGAGAGCACCCCCCACCCACGCAACCACCCCUGCCUGGGCACAGCCCCGCAGCGCCACCAACCCGGGAGAGCACCCCCCACCCAUGCAACCACCCCUGCCUGGGCACAGCCCCACGGCGCCACCAACCCGGGAGAGCACCCCCCACCCACGCAACCACCCCUGCCUGGGCACAGCCCCACGGCACCACCAACCCGGGAGAGCACCCCCCACCCACGCAACCACCCCUGCCUGGGCACAGCCCCGCAGCGCCACCAACCCGGGAGAGCACCCCCCACCCACGCAACCACCCCUGCCUGGGCACAGCCCCGCAGCGCCACCAACCCAGGAGAGCACCCCCCACCCACGCAACCACCCCUGCCUGGGCACAGCCCCGCAGUGCCACCAACCCGGGAGAGCACCCCCCACCCACGCAACCACCCCUGCCUGGGCACAGCCCCCUGGCACCACCAACUCAGGAGAGCACCCCCCACCCACGCAACCACCCCUGCCUGGGCACAGCCCCGCAGCGCCACCAACCCAGGAGAGCACCCCCACCCACGCAACCACCCCUGCCUGGGCACAGCCCCCUGGCACCACCAACCCAGGAGAGCACCCCCCACCCACGCAACCACCCCUGCCCGGACACAGCCCCACAGCGCCACCAACCCGGGAGAGCCCCCCCCCCGGGAGCCGCCCCUGCCUGGGCACAGCCCCACGGCACCACCAACCCAGGAGAGCCACCCCCCCCGCCCCGCUGCACUUCUCUCUCCUGCUCCUGCACGCGGGCGGCGACGCACGAGGGGAGGGGGCGCGGGGCUCUCUGUGCCCUCAGGCGAUGGGCUGCUCUGCAACCCCAGGUGGGCUCGGGCCCGGUUCCUGCCGGCAAAGUGGGGAGGACAGAAGGUCACCCCACAGGUGGGCGCUCAGUGCUCCGUGCCUGAGCACCCAAGCAGCAGAUGGAGACACGGGUGGGAGGUGACACAGGUGGGAGGUGACACAGGCAGGAGGUGACAUAGGUGGGAGGUGACACAGGCGGGAGGUGACACAGGCGGAAGGUGACACGGGUGGGAGGUGACACAGGUAGGUGACACGGGUGGGAGGUGACACAGGUGGGAGGUGACACGGGUGGGAGGUGACACAGGUGGGAGGUGACACAGGUAGGUGACACGGGUGGGAGGUGACACUGGUGGGAGGUGACAUGGGUAGGAGGUGACACAGGUGGGAGGUGACACAGGUAGGAGGUGACACGGGCAAGAGGUGACACAGGCGGGAGGUGAUACAGGCGGGAGGUGACACAGGCAGGAGGUGACAUGGGUGGGAGGUGACAUGG